AUCAGACUAAGGCAGACAUUUGAGGUAUAACUUGGCCUCCUGAGAUGAUGUCUUAAGCAAGAAGAAAGUGGAAAAUAAUCUUGGAAAGAAAACUUGAGACAAUAAGAAAGCUAGAACUUGCUUUUACAUGGUUGUCAGCUUACUUACCAAUAUGGACACUUUUCCCACCACUUUUCCUCCUGGUGGAGACAGUGGGAUGACAGAUUCUCAAUCUGAGUUCCAAAAAGUGUUAAUUGAUGAGCGGUUACGAUGUGAACAUCAUAAAGCUAAUUAUCAGGUCCUGAAGACUGAACACACAAGGUUGCAAGCUGAAUACACAAAGUCACAGAAUGAACUCAAGCGCCUAAUAAAUGAAAAGCAAACUCACCAGGAAAAGUUUCAGCUGCUGCUUCAAGAGCUACGAGGGGAAUUAAUAGAGAAAACUAAAGACUUAGAAGAAAUGAAGCUGCAGGUAUUAACCCCUCAAAAGUUGGAAUUGUUACGAGCCCAAAUACAGCAGGAACUAGAAACUCCAAUGAGAGAACGUUUUAGGAAUCUCGAUGAAGAAGUGGAAAAGUAUCGAGCUGAAUAUAAUAAGCUUCGCUAUGAACAUACAUUUCUCAAAUCAGAAUUUGAACACCAGAAAGAAAAAUUUGCACGUGUUUUAGAAGAAGAAAAAAUAAAAUAUCAAUCAGAGGUUGCAAGACUGGAAAAAGAUAAUGAAGAACUCCAUAACCAGCUGUUUAGUGCUGAUCCAACAAGAGACAGCAAACGAGUGGAGCAACUUAUUCGAGAAAAAGUCCAUUUGCAUCAAAAAUUAAAAGGUUUAGAGACUGAAGUAGCAGAAUUAAGAGCUGAAAAAGAGAAUUCUGGUGCUCAGGUAGAAAGUGUCCAAAGAAUUCAGGUGCGGCAGUUGGCUGAGAUGCAGGCUACAGUCAGAUCCCUGGAGGCUGAAAAACAGUCAGCUAAACUACAGGCUGAACGCUUGGAGAAAGAACUGCAAGCAAGUAAUGAACAAAACACUACUUUAAUUAGUAAACUGCAUAAAACUGAACGGGAAGUAAAUACAUUGACCAGUAAAGUAAAAGAACUUAAACAUUCAAACAAACUAGAAAUAACAGACGUCAAACUGGAGGCAGCAAGAGCUAAGAGUGAGCUAGAAAGAGAAAGGAAUAAAAUUCAAAGUGAACUGGAUGGAUUACAGUCAGACAAUGAAAUUCUCAAAUCAGCCGUUGAACACCACAAAAUGCUCUUAGUAGAAAAGGAUCGUGAAUUAAUACGUAAAGUACAAGCUGCCAAAGAAGAAGGUUAUCAAAAACUUGUGGCAUUACAAGAUGAAAAGCUGGAACUUGAGAGCAGAUUAGCGGAUUUAGAGAAAAUGAAACUAGAACAUGAUGUCUGGAGGCAGUCUGAAAAGGAUCAGUGUGAAGAGAAAUUGCGGGCUUCACAGAUGGCAGAAGAGUCGGCCAGAAGGGAACUUCAAAGUAUUAGGUUGAAACUUCAACAACAGAUUGUGAAUAUUGAAAAUGCGGAGAAAGAAAAAAAGGAAAAUUCUGACCUGAAACAGCAAAUCAGUAGGUUGCAGAUCCAGGUGACCUCACUUGCACAGUCAGAGAAUGAGUUGCUGAAUUCAAACCAAAUACUAAAGGAGAUGGUGGAGGAGUUAAAGCAGGAAUGCCGAAAUUUAAGAAGCCAGUCUGAAAAAGCACGACUGGAAGUUGAAAAGGCACUGGAAGAGAAGCAAAAACACUGGUUGGAAGAAAAGCAUAAGCUUCAUGAACGUAUCACUGACAGAGAAGAAAAGUAUAAUCAAGCCAAAGAGAAACUGCAGCGAGCUGCAAUUGCCCAGAAAAAGAGAAAAUCUCUUCAUGAAAACAAACUGAAGAGGCUGCAGGAGAAGGUAGAAGUCUUGGAGGCAAAGAGAGAAGAAUUGGAAACAGAAAAUCAGGUGUUAAAUAGACAAAAUGUUCCAUUUGAAGAAUACACAAGACUUCAGAAAAGACUGAAGGACAUACAGAGAAGACACAAUGAAUUCCGAAGCUUAAUCUUGGUUCCUAACAUACCUCCAACAGCAUCCCUCAAUCCCGUUAGCUUUCAUUCAUCAAACGUGAUUCCAGGCAUGGAACUGUCCUUUCCUCCUCACAUACAGGAGGAACAGCAUCAAAGGGAACUCUCUCUACUUCGCAAAAGACUAGAAGAACUAGAAACAACACAAAGAAAACAACUAGAGGAACUUGGAUCUCCUGGGGAAUGAUAUUCUUGGCGAAAAGACGGAUCAAAAGGGAUGAAAUCAGUGACUCAAUAAAACUUGAAGUGUGAACGUAUGUGGCAUUUAGAUACUUUAUUACUGUUUGCCAAAACACUUGAACGUGCCUCCAGAAAAGGUACCAACUACAUGCUGUAUUGCAUGAGUGUCUGGAUUUUAGGGGCAUAGUAAUGACAGGUAAAGUAUUAAAACGGGUUUAGAGAUAUUUAGACUAUUAUCGAUAUUUGAGGAUGUAAAAUAAGUGAUGAACUAAUUAGGGAAUCAAGUUUUUAAAUUAUUAAUUUUACUUUGUUGAUUUUGGCAGGGGGGUAUUUUGCCUGAAAUGUGCCCGUGUUGAAUUCCCUUUCCCUUUCUGUCAGAUGCUUGGCAGUAAUUGAGUCGUAAACAUUUUCUGGCUUACUUCAUACAAGCGUUUUAAACCUCUAGUUCUUGAAAAACGAUUUAUAAGCAUAAAAAUUAAAAAGAUGUCUAAAUAUAUAUUACAAAGCACUAUUUCUAAAAGCUGUGUGCACAUAAUUUAUUAAAAAGCUUAAUAUUUUUCUAACUGUAUUGUUUUGUGUUUAAUUUGUCUUUAACCAUCCAGUGUGUAUUGAGCAAUGCAGACGAGCUUACUGAUUUUGGCUCUGUUGCUUAGAGGAGAAAAUAACAAAGUACGAGCAUGAACUCCUGUGACUAAAACCAGCGCCCUUCCUCUUAAAAGUUGAACUCAGUGGGCUCCCUUGAGAAAUACUGUUGGUAUUUAACUUUGCCUCCCACUGCUUUGGAUCUAACCAAGUUAUUAUAAAUGUUUUAUUAUAUACGUUUUAUUUCUAUGUGUCCCUAAAUAUUCCAUCACUUGCUUUUUUAUGUAACAUCUUUUAAAGGCAUUCUGCUGGAAUAACUGCACGUCCACAAGGCAAGCCCACGUCUGCCAGACUCAGUGGAAUGUUCAUUAUCCAGAAGGCUUCACAUUCAAAAGUCCAAGUUGAUAGUGGAGGCCAGGAGUAAUUGGGUAGCCUUAACAUCAUUUAGAAGAAACUAGAUUCAGUUACUGCAGAAUGUGGCUGCUGAUUUUCGGAGCGUCUACAGUGACACUUGGUUUCUGAAAGUGAACUAAUUUCUAUGGAGCCAUGGAAUUAAAAAAUCUAUUAUAAACUAGAAAAAUUGAAGCAAGAAAAAGACAAAGCCCACAUUUACAUCAAAAUGUUUAUUUUUGGAUAUAGACAUUUAAAACAUUCAUCUCCAAGAACUGCUUCAAUCAGGUAUACAAUAAGAAAUAGACUUUAAAUCCCUAAUACAGAAAAAGGUAACAGAAUUUAUUUUGAAAUGCUGCUGUAGACACUAGUGUUAGAAAAAAAAAAGUUUAUAAAUGAUUUUGCACCAAAAAAAUAUGCAAAGAAACUUGAAAAUAGAAACUGUUUGCCAUUUUGUUUCUCUGGUUGCUGUUUAAUAUAGACCCAGUGACUGAUUGUCUUCAGCACGCAUCUAAUUUGGCCAUUUACUGUGUUUGGCUGAUGUGAUCCAAAAAUGUGAUCCAGAUAGAUAGUGCUUUUCACUGGUGGAUUGACAAACACGCUACAUACAUUAGUGAAUCUUCACACCACCUCAGUGAGGUAGGUUAGAAAUAGUCUACAGAAAUUGAGGCACAAAGAGGUAAGUGACUUGCCCAAAGUUCCCAGCAGCACAGUCCCUGGAAAAGGAGGUAAGUCUCCACGCAGGACUCACGUGCCAGAGAGCUGGACAGGGACACCUCACGUAGCAUUUACUAAAGACUUCGAUAAAGCUGAAGCUGAUCCUUUGAGUUGUCUGAGCAUUUCUGUACCCCAAAGAGGGGAAGGCUUUUGGGCAACUCUCCUACCCUUGGCUCUCAAGUCUCCUGCCGUUCGCUAGGCAUGCCUUCACAUCAAGGCGCUAGCAGCCUCAGAUGGGGACCAGACCUCUCACCGUUAUAAGGAACCUAUUUGGUAGUAUUUUUGAGGUGUGUCCAUUGGACAGACAAUGGUCAAAAGCGACAGGAUUGGGAAGGUGCUAUCGGGGCAAUACAUGCUGAUUUUUCUCUCAUCAUUUGUUGAGGUGUCACCUUGGACUCUUCACCAGACAGUGAGGAGCCAAGAGAAGUGCAUUGAUUUAAGACAGCUUCGCAUUUUAAUCCUGAUACGCCAUACAGUGUUGGUAAAUGAUUUUAAGGAAUGUGUGAUCCGUGUCUUAUUUGCCACUUGAAAAAAUUUCUCAAUCUGGGAUUUGGAACACCAAGGAUAAAAGGUGCCACAAAGAAAGUUUGAGAGUUGCCAAUUACACUUUGAACUUCUGGUUUAAUAGAAGGAAAACACAGUGGUAUUAACAUUGGUCAUGAGCAGCAAAAAUUCAGGAAUAAAAAAUCAGCAAUAAAAAGACUACAAUAUAACUAGAUAGGGAAUUCUUUUAAAAAAAGGCAUGAAUAAAACAGGUCUUUUGUAACUCUCUCUCUUGUGAGGAAUACUUUCAAAAAGUACAUAGUAAGACUAAGAUACCAAGUUGUAUGCUAAGGUUUUUCAGGCCAUGGGCCUCAAAUAUAUAUAUAUUCAUAUAUAAUACUCCAGUGUGAACAGCAAUUUCAUGAAAUGUAAAAUGUAUUUUUUUUUUUUAAAUCACACACAAGUAUUUAUAACCACAAGGUUCACUAGAACUCUAAAGCAAGGAGCUAGUAGUAUAGAAAUGUAGGAUGAGGGGAGUGAAUUAAUUCCUCGUCUACAGAUAGUUUUGAUUGAAAUUUUUAGACACAAACUAAUGAUUUUUUUUUUUUAACUAUAGCCAACAUGUCCACUAUCAGAUACAUUUAGUAUGAAAAAAUAAAGAAAAGGAAGCUACUUUGAGAUCAAGUGUCUGGGCAGAAUGCUGUCGCAGCUAACGGAGCCUGCUCCCUCUCCUUGCUUUAGAACUCCUCAGUGCAGUGGAGGUGAGUGGCAUGGAGUACAAUGGGCGACCACUGAAAAACACGAGCCCUUUCAACAAUGUUGCAACACUGUUAGUUUUUGGUUUAAAAACACACACACACACACUCACAAAUGCUAAGUGUACAUACUACCAAAUUCUGCGGUCAGCUUUUCCAAGAACUACUGGGGAAAGUUUCACUGCCGUAAAUCCUCGAGGUUGCCCUCACACCCCCACCUUGUUUCCAAAUGACUCAUUUCACAUUUUGUUUUUGCUCCUUGGCAAUGUCCCUUUUCUGCACAGGUGCAGUGUCGUCCCAAGUGCUACAUAGCUGUAGUUUUCAAACAAAACCACUUACAUCAUUGUGCUUAAGUGGAGACAUGUAGUUACAAUACUGACCCUUGCUUACUGGCCCUGUAUUCUCUGUAAACAAGGAGGCUGUUUGCAACAACCACUUCCAUCCUAUUUACAGAAAGGUUCCCACAGUACCCACACAGGCACAGUGGUUGGGACGCUUUCUAAAAGCUGUGCAUGUGCCUUGGUCUCUUAAAAGACGGUACUCGGAGUGGAACCUAUGUGCAAACUUAAAAAAUGAACGACACAGAGUAGCUCAAGCUCAGCCACUUUGCUCCCAAGUCGUCGGAAGAACUUUGCCACGUUAAGCCAGGCCCCAGAGUGCUCACAUCCACUUGCAUUUCUUCUUUUCCUCAAAUAAGACUUUUACAUGCAAGAGUUGUUUCUGAGCUUCUUCCAGCCCUCGUUCUCUUUCUAGUUUAUUUAGAAUCUGUUGACAAUUAGAACAGUUAUUUUAGAUAUUGGAGUUUUAGCAUUACAAUGCUGUUUUUUUUUUUGCAUUCCUGAUGCUGAGUGGUAAAAUCUGUAUGAAACAGAUGCCAACGUUUUCUUCAAUCAUUUACAUACUCACUUUGCAAGUUGUUUUGCUAAGUCAUUAUCACAGGAUCAACAACACUUUGGCUUAAAAUAGAAGCUCGCAAGAAAGACCAACUAUUUGCUUACAAAUAUGGGGCCAGACUUCCAAGGCCCUGUUUUAUGCAUUAUGUCAUAGCCAUUCCAAGCACAGCAAGCAUUCCUGGGCAGCCAACAUGCAGGCAAGUAUUUCUUCUUAAAUGCAGCAGGCAGGGGGAUCCUGGUCAGAGAUGAAGACUCCCCUUCCCUCCCCUCCCUCCCUCCCUCCCUCCUGGGCAGUGUAGUCCCCUCCUUUCCCCUCCCCUCCCCUCCCCAGUGCUUCCCUUCUGACCCCUGACCCCUGGAAAGAGGGAUGCUUAUCAUGUUGAAGGAACUCAUUGCCUCUACCCUACCUUAGAGCUUCACUUGAUCUUCAAGUAGCAAAUGGAAUUGGUGAGCUAUUCUCACCAUUGACAUGGAUAGCCUGUCCCAGCAUGACUGAGUGGGGGGGAAUCAGGGAAGGGGCAAUUAACAUAUAUUUGGAAACAGCGCAUCUGAUGACUGUGUCUGUGUGAAUUCCCAAAGAAAAAAAUCCAGAUUAAGGAGAAUUAAUCAUAAAGGAGAAUGGUUUAUUGACAUAGUUGCUCAAGUUAGAAAUAUGUCAUAAUUUACUGAAUACAGAAUCUAGGCAAUCUAACAAGCUUAGCUUUCAUUUUAGCAGAUUACAAUCAAGCAUAAGCUGGCCCCCUUUUAUCAGGACCACUACUUACUCAUCAAAGGUAACUGUCCAGGUGGCUGUCGGCCCCAUUAAUGCCCAAAUAAAUACAUGGCUAAACCAAAGGUGGGCAGCAGGAUCCAAUUAGGAGGGGCAGCCACAUGCAGGGUCUGGCUUGGUGCCAGGAUCCCCCAUCUCAGACACCUCCUGGCCUCCCUUUCUGGCCAUGUGGGAUGCCAGAGCUGUCCUGAGACCUGUAGAAUGCUUGAUAACCAAAUUCUGGUGACUGAAUCAUAGCUAAUUUUUAAGAGGUUAUUUAAAAUCUUACCUCAUCAAAAUAUUUUAUGAUGUAUUUGUAGAUUUCUGUCAAGGCCACUUCUUCAUUAAAUUCAUUUUCAUGUUUCUUAAAGAAAGAAAGCCUUGUUGAGAGAAGGUGAAAUGGCUUUUUAAAGAAAGGAUCCAACAGUCUUACUUCUACUUUCCAACAAUACCUUAGAUUCCUGAGUUAAGAAUUCUUCCAUCUCUGAAGAUGACAAUGGAGGCAAAUCCCUGAUUGCUUUGUAAUAAGAUUUCACUUCCUCUUUGUAGGUUGGGAUAUCCUUGGCAUAGAGAAGUUUAUUAGUUGGUGCUUCCUGAAAAAAAGCAACCACCGCCAAAAGAGAUUUAAAAACCAUAGGGAAUUUAUAACAGUACCAGUGUAGCUGAAGCACCACCAUUAUUACCUCCUGGUAACAAGGCUUCUUUCUUCAUGCAGCAGGCCUUCAUAAACAUUGACUGAAUGACUGACUGCCAUCCAGAGAGUUCUGACAGAAUGCUUCAGACCGCAGGAGAACACACAGCCAGCAGAGCUGAGCCUUACCUUCCCCAGUUGCUGCUCCGUGAGCGAAAAGGCGUCCAUGAAGGCCUGGGCGAUGACGGACAAACAGCCAUCGAUGUGGGGUGUCUUCUUAAUGUCAAAGACAAACUGAGGGUUCUUCAGGAUGUUCACCCAGAAGCGAAGAGGGAGGCUGUUCCGAGAGAGAAAGCGCUUUUCAAACAGAGCCGUUCACACGAGGUGGAUGCUCUGCCGCUUACGGUUUGUAAACGGGUGUUUUUGUCCUUGUCAUUGAAAUAGGCACGUGCGCUUUGCCAGAUACAAGCAACAGAUGGCAGCGUCACUCAGAACAAGAAAGGGUUAAACCGCCCGCGCCCCGCGAGGGCGGCUGGAGGAGGGGGGUCUGGAAGCCGCCCUUGACCCUUGAGGAGUCCGAGACAUAUCGGACGAUGCGCACCAGCCCGGCCAUCUCCUCGGCGCUCCAGAGCCUGACGCCUCCCGCUCCGCAGUGCCACACUGCGUCUUCCCUCCCCCGGGCCAGUCAUCCUCAGCUGCCACCCGUGACUUCUCCCACAGCUACCCGCAGCCUCCUCAGACUGCAUCAAGUCCGGUCUCGCCCCUGCCCCGCUCCUCUGUGGCUUUCCAUCCCUCUCCUGCCACACCCGUGCCCUCCUCUGCUUCUCUCCGCCCUGCUCAUCCCAGCGCCCCGGCCGCCGAGCUCCGCCUCCUGCCUCCCAGCCCUGCUUUUGUCCACCGUCCCGGAGACAGUCUUGCCCCGGAGGGUCUCGUGGCUCAGACGGCCUCUUUCAAGACCUGACUCCAGAGUCAACUCCGUGAGGGCUCCGACCACCCUGUCUGGCCGCUUUCUGUCCUUUUUCCCCUCGGUGCACUAUACUGAGCACCUUCUAAUAGACUCACUUACCUAUGAAAAUGUCAGCUCUCUGAGAACAUGGUCUCUGUUUAGUUUAUUACUUUAUCUCUCGCACCUGACAGUACUUAGCACACAGUCCUCUAAUAAAUAUUUGAAUAUGAACUUGGGAGUCCUUCAGAGCCCUCUGGCCUAGCUAAUUACCUCCUCCUGCGGGCUGCUGGGCCUCCCCGUCGCUCCGCUGUUCUGACUGGUGACCCUGCUCAGAUGCUGCCACCCUCACAGUGAACUGGGAGCGGGCAGUACCCGAGCUUGUACGGGAGUGGCAGGGCCAGAAGUCAGAGGCUGGAAUCUCGAGGGCCAGGGAGGGAGCCAGAGUAGAGCGGGGCCUCUGGAACCGCAGCUUUUAAUAUUUACAUAAUACGGUCUGGCUAACUUCGGUGCUUAGGCGGGUUUGAGCGCACACUGAGAAAUUCUGUUACAUCAUAACUCAAGACUUAUUCAGCGCAUGCACAAAGUAUUUCAAUUAGAGGUAAUGAGCUAUAUUUCUUUAGUGAGGAGAAAUUUAAUUUGGAUGCCUCCGCUUAAAGUGUUAAACAGAACACAAUCCUUACUAAUUCUCAUGGUAUCUGAGUACUGUAGUGGAUCAAAUAAAAGCAGAAACUUCUGUAUGGAAUAGGCAAAUAGCCUGGAAACUGCAAAGUGAUAAAUUCCCUGAGGGACAAAUUUAAGAGUCUUCUCCAAUGGAAAAUUAUAUGCAAAACCCACAAAAUAUUAAUUGAUUUCUCAUCUUUUUUUGCCAGUCAAGCUCAACUUGUUUUAACAUUCCAUAAAAAGUCUUUUUUAUGCAUUAAAGAUAACAGAGUUUGUUUACUUUGUCCUAAAGAAUAGGAUUCUCAGUCCAGGAAUAUAGCUUUGUCGAUUGUUUAAAAAAGAGCAAGAAACUGCUUCGACAUGAUAGUUUCCAAAGCCAAAACAUUUGAAUAAAGGGAUAAAUGAA